AUGACGGACCAAGUUGAGCAAGUUACAACGUCUCUCGAGACGGCGCAAUUGAUUCCUACUGCUGCUAAUUCCUUUGUAAAAGAUAUACACACAUCUACAGAUUGUUCCCAAGUGACUGGAAGAUUGCCCACGGUCUCGUCAUCGACCUUGAUAGCUGAGAAAAAGGUGCUGCACCUGGUCAUUGACUCGGGUGCUAUCAUUAAAGGCACUAACCUGGCGGUACUGGCAGAGAACUUUUAUACAGUGCCUGAUGUACUGAAUGAGAUUCGUGACAAGAAGUCACGUGCGAUUUUAGAGCGACUUCCAUUCACUCUGCAGACCCGUGAACCAUCGGCAGAAGCCAUGAAGGCAGUGAUUAACUUUUCUCGCAAGACUGGGGACUUUACGUAUUUGUCUCUUACGGACCUGCGCGUCAUGGCGCUGACGUAUCAGCUAGAGGUUGAGGCUAACGGAGACGACCAUUUGCGAACGAAUCCCGAACGGUCGCAGACGAUUACACGUGCUACUAAUGGCAAGAUAGUAGGCAGCUCGCAGACCAAUGUUAUGUGCAAAUACUUUGGCACAGCUAUGGGAUGUAAGUUUGGUGAUGACUGCAGGUUCUCACACGACGAAGCCGCUAGUAAAGUUGAUCAAGCUGCUGAGACAUUGACAAAGAAAGUCGAUAUUCCGUGUCAAUAUUUCAACACUCUGGAGGGAUGCAAGUAUGGGAACGAAUGCUCUUUCGUCCACGAAAAGACUGAAAAGACUGAGGAACCCGUCGAAGAAACAGAGACUGCUGAAUCUACUGUAGAGCACAUGUUAAGCGAAGAGAUCCGUAACGCUGACGUCAAGUCGCGCAUUAUGGGUGGGUUUGCAGCGUCGAGUAACGCCGGUGCUGCUGAAGAUGACGGCAAGAACUGGAUCACCAAUGACAACUUUGCCAAGUUCACGGCAUCUCCAUUCGGCGACGGUCAAGGUCUGGAAGACAUUUCGUCGCAGCUUUCCGUGGGGUGCAUCACUACAGAUUUCUCGAUGCAGAAUGUGAUGCUUCAGAUUGGACUUCGGCUUUUAUCGACAGAGGGUAUGAUUAUCAAGCGUGUAAAGCAGUGGAUUCUGCGUUGCAUUGCUUGCUUUACAACAUCGACCGAGAUGGAGCGUCUAUUCUGUCCCAAGUGUGGUAAUAGUACGAUGGAGCGCGUAUCGUACAGUCUGGAUCGUGAUGGUCACAUGACUUUUUACACACGGGCAAACCGGCCCAGUAAACUUUUGGGUACAAAGUUCUCACUACCGAAGCCCAAAGGUGGACGCAAUGGUGACUUGUUGCUCCGUGAGGAUCAGCUUUUGGUUGGUAUUUGGGGUCAGCGUCAACGUCAGCACAAAAAAGUCAUGCAAAGCGCUUUUGGUGAGAAUGUAGCACACGAUCUUGGUGUCAAGGCCGAGAAGCAGACGUGCAUUACUGUUGGGUAUGGUCGAAUGAAUCCAAAUGCUCAAAAGGGUCGUGAACGUCGUGGUAAGAAGAAGCGGCAUUAG